CUUGUGAUUUGCCUGUGCAUCCUUUCCAUUUGAGCUAUCGAGAUAGGCUGCAGGGCUUGACAGUAGUAACAAAUAAACAGGAGAAGAGCUCCUACCCGUUAACCUGAUACACUUGAGUUACCGUUUAUCCUUUUGCACAUCAAAAGUUUAUUAGUCUAAACCAAAACAGCUGAGCCACCUCUCCAUGGACGUACCAUGGCGCGUCCAAACCGCCACGAAAGUGCGGUAGCCUCUAACUUUCAAAAGCGCGAUGCUGCCCCCUCUGCACCUGCACUCCGGCACCUCACAGAAGCCCACACAGCCUCCCACGCAGCCCUGGCCAGCCUCCACCUCAGGAAGCGGCAAACCAGCUGCGGGUUCGGCGCCUGGCUUCGGUCCCCUAGGCGCUUCACGUGCUGCCGGUGGUUCCGGAGCUGCAGACGCUGGCACUGGCGGUGGCGUCGGCGUCAGCAACAAUAUCACCGCCGCCAACGGCGGCCGCGCCCUCCCUGGAUCAUCCCAGGCCGCGUCACAGCCUCGCCGCGGCGGUAGCGCAGGCAGCAACCAUGGUAGCGGCACGCCGCCAGAUUUGAAGCCUUCGGGCACGCAACAGCUAAUGCCGUUCCCUCCGCCGUACCAGCAGCAACAGUCACAAAGCCUCCCACAAAACGCCUUGUCACCAUCCUCACUAUCGAUACCACAACCACCACUCUCCGAACUGGAGCAAUAUCACCAGCUCCUGCUGCAACAACAACCCAUCAACGGCUACCAGGACCCUGAAGAAGCCGAUCAAGAAGGAGCAGAAGGGGAAGACGCAGCAGGACAGCUAGACGAUGAAGCUGCACAACUCGCCUUGGAGCACCAGCAGGCGCAAGAACAGCUACAACAACUACAGCAACUUCAAAAUCCGCUCCUGCACAGUAACAACCCCUAUCUGCAGAUCCUGGCCCAGGCUGGUGUCGGAAUUGGCGGCGGCGGUCCUGGCAACCUGGCAGCUGCCGCACAAGCCGCUCACAAGGUUCAGCAGGCCGCGCUGCGUAAGCGCGUUCAGAGGGACAUAAAACGCAUGCUGGCACGAAACCGGGCCUACCAGCAGCAAGUCAAGGGGCCACCGGCCAUAUCGGCGGAAGCCCUUGCGCAGCUGGCGCAGCCCAAGCAGCGACCGGGCUCACGGCCAGAUCCGCAGGUGGUUGCGAAUCUGCCGGAUCCGGUGGAGUGGGCUCGCUGGAAAACGGACCAGCUGGUGAUCAGUCGGAUGGCGGAGGAGCGGAGGCAGGCGGAAUGGGCGGAGGAGAAGAAGAAGAGCGAGGAACAAUUGGCGGCAUUUCGGCAGCAGAAGAUGGAGGCGAAGCACGCCCAGGCGGAGGCGAAGGCACGUCAGACUGCUGCAGAAGCUGCCUACCGCGCCAACAUGUCGGCCUACCUGAAUCACAAGGGCGCACUGGACUUGGAGGACUUUGUGAAGCGCAAGGAGGAGCAGCGGGAGCGGCUGUCGCUGAUGCGCAGUAGACAAGUCAAGACGCUGUCCGGGCACCACUACUGACUGUGACACGAAUGAAGAUUGGCUUGGAAGGAGGCGGAAGGGAGGGAGGGAAUGAAGCAGGCUGGAGGGACGGAGGGAGGUGGAAGGUUGGAAAGGAGGAAAGCAGGAGGUGCAACCGGUAGAGUUUGUGGGUGUCACGGUGGCGGUGGCAGCGGCUGUGGCUGUUGUGGGGUCUUAGCGGUGGCGGCGGGUAAGGAUGGUUUCUGUCCUCCUUGUCUGUUCUUCUUCUUCUUCUUCUCCUCGUCCUUUUUCAUCUUGUCCUCGUUCCCUGAUGCGAUGUGAAGCGACGGUGGGUGAUGAUUGAUCCUGCCUUCUUCGGUUUUUGUAAGUCCACUCCCCGUG